AUGGCCACAUUCUGCAGGUGGCCAGUAUGGGUAGAGAGAACCAGCAGAUAUGCCUUUACCUUCAGGGAGCUGCCACUGGAAGGGGUCCCUCCUGCAGACAGCCAGCAGGAGCAGGGCAUACCGCCAGCUGAUCACUGCAUGAAACAGAAACCAAAAAAAGUGGAAUGUAUACCUGAGAAGAGACAUAUGUACUUUCCAGCCCUUAAUGUGAUGGUAUUUGAAAUCCAAGCCUUGGAAGGCAAAUGGGUCAUGAAGACUGACCCCUGCCGAUGGUGCAUACCAGCCUGUGGAAUGUGCAAUGUGUCAAGACUCUCGGAAUUCAUCCUCUUGGGACUCUCUUCUAGACCUGAGGACCAGAAGCCACUCUUUGCCCUCUUUCUUAUCAUAUACCUGGUGACCCUAUUGGGCAAUCUGAUCAUCAUCUCGGCUAUCCACUCUGAUCCUCAACUCCAAAACCCUAUGUAUUUCUUCCUAAGCAUUUUGUUCUUUGCAGAUAUUUGCUACACAACAGUCAUAGUCCCUAAGAUGCUGGCAAACUUCUUAUCAGAGAAAAAGACCAUUUCCUAUGCUGAAUGCCUGACACAGAUGUAUUUCUUCCUGGUCUUUGGAAACAUAGACAGUUACCUCCUGGCAACUAUGGCCAUGGAUCGCUAUGUAGCAAUUUGUAACCCUUUGCAUUAUGUCACUGUUAUGAACCACAGGUGCUGUAUGUUGCUGCUGGUCUUCUGCAUCACUUUCUCUUCUCUCCACUCCCUCCUGCAUGUCCUCCUGGCAAGUCAGCUCACUUUUUGUGCUUCAAAUGUUAUCCAUCACUUUUUUUGUGAUGUCAACCCUGUUCUGAAAUUAUCUCACUCCUCCACCUUUGUUAAUGAAGUGGUGGCCAUGACAGAAGGACUGGCCUCUGUGAUGCUUCCAUUUGUCUGCAUCCUCAUUUCUUACUUGAGAAUCCUCAUUGCUGUUCUCAAGAUUCCUUCAGCCUCUGGAAAAUGCAAAGCCUUCUCCACCUGCAGCUCUCAUCUCACUGUGGUGAGCCUGUUUUAUGGAAGCAUUGGCUACGUUUAUUUUCAGCCUUUGUCCAGAUAUACUGUCAAGAACAGAAUUGCAACAGUCAACUACACAGUUCUAACAUCAAUGUUGAACCCCUUUAUCUACAGUUUAAGAAACAAAGACAUGAAGCAGGGUAUAGAGAAGGUAAUAAACAAGGUUAAGUAUCAAAUAGAUAGAUUUUCUUCUACAAAAACCAAUAAAGCCCAGGAACCCUAA